AUGAAGAAGCUCACGCGAGAUUCACAGGAACCACUUCUGCGUGAGUUUUUCGUUUAGCUCCAUCUGGAGACAUUCUGACUUUUGGCCCACUUUCAAUUGUCUGUUCGGACCGAAACUUGGCAGACUUCUUGAACUUAGAUCGAAGUGUUUUGAGUCCAAGUUUCAGACCUAUCCGAUUAUCUGAGCCCGGAUUAUGUGGAUCAGAGCCCGAAAAGUAAGAAUGGGCGAAACAAAUAAAUACUUCAAUUCAAGUCCAAAAAGCCUGCAAAGUUUGGGUUCAAUCGGAUUCUGGCAAGUGGGUCAAAAUUCAGGCCUUUGAGAAAACCGGCCUUUGCCCAACUCUGCUGAAAACGGACGUCUCAAAAAGGUUUUCAAACCCAAAGUCUCCAGAGCUGACAAUAUGGGCGUGGCCUCGGCGGCCAAAUGGCGUUUUCAUGAAUUUAGCAGGUUUUCUCUAAUUUUUGUGGUCAAAGGCGAUGAAAAAUGAUUGUUCGACAUGAAAACACACUAAUUCUCAGAAUUAAUGACGUUUUGGCGCAUUUUUCGCGGAUUUCGCUUUUUCGCCUUCGCCGCCGAUCGCCGCCUAGAAACCGCACUUCUCAUUUUGCGCUUUCUUGACCGUUUUCAGACAGAAUUGGUUUUGAGAAUGAUUAAUCACGUAAAUACAAGCAUUUUGAGCGCUGGAACCGCGAAAAUUACCGAAAAGCAACUGAAAUUCACGCAGUUUUAGCCAAAAACCUUCAAACGGAUAAAUGUGAUUUGCGACUUGACCAAAUUUAACGCUCUUGCGCUUAAGGAAUUCGUAAUAGCCUAUACAAUCGUUCUAUCGAGAGACACAUGAGAAAUUAUCGGUUUUUCGUGGCUAAUCUGGCAAAAAACACAAUAUUUGCGCCAAUGUACUCGCUCUAUUUGGCGGGGCGCACUUGCGCCCAUCGUCAGCUCUGGAGACCGUGAAACCUAGUUUCUCCAAAGCAGAUGUUCUGAGAGAUACGCCGAGAAAAGCCACUGUUCUCCCAACAAAAUCCAACUUUUCAGCACAUAUCCGUCCGUCGACACGGAAUAAAAUCCGAAAGUACAUCUACGCGGCGCUGUUCAUCAUCGCCAUCUUCCUGCUCUACCGAUCACUCAACAAACCCGACAACAACAAUAAUGGCACGUCGGUAAUUGGGAGAAAUGGAGAUGUGGGUUACUUUUCAUCGCUUCAAAGGAAGAACUUACACUUUUAAGGUAAUGUCGGUCGAAUUUGAACCGUACCACCCGGCGGUACCGAAACUGAGCGAAACGGGGCCGGUGGAGAAGAUGGUGAAGUUGGACAUUUAUAUGGAAGCUCAGUGCCCAGACACUUCUAGGUAACAACUUUUCAUUUAAAGUCAGAAAAAUGAUUUGAACUUCCAGAUUCUUCCGUCAACAGCUCAAGAAGGCGUGGGACCUUUUGGGACGGCUCAAUCGGAUCGAGCUGGCCGUGAUUCCGUUCGGAAAGGCGAGGUGCUCGGAGCGCGGCAAUGAUUUCGAGUGAGUUAUACCUAGAGCUUCCUUAAAAACUUUCAAAUUUGUGUUCAGGUGUCAAUGUCAGCACGGACCGACGGAAUGCGAGAUCAAUCAGCUGAUGAACUGUGUCAUUGAUCGGUUCGGAUUUGCGCACAAGUACCUGCCGCCGGUGCUGUGCAUGCAGGGCAAGUACUCGCUCGACGACGCGAUGAAGUGCGUUCAGGAGUUGAUGCCCGCCGAGUUCAACAGGUGUGAAUUUCGAUAGAGCGCACUUGCAUCACAUGAACGUUUCAGAAUGCGUGAAUGUGCUUCGGGACCGCGUGGACGUCGUCUCCUGGCCCUCUCCGGCCAGCGCACCGCCGCCUUAACGCCCGCAAUCGACUUCAUUCCGUGGAUUGUGAUCGACGGAAUACGCAACUCGGACGCCCUCUACGACCUGACUCAGAAUGUGUGCGAAGCGAUGCAACCGAUGCCGGCGACGUGUCGCGAAUACCUGAAAUCCAUUCGAAAAUGA